UUUCAUGUGAGAGUCAACAACUUUCCAAGAAGACGACUACUUCUUCUCGUGUCUGCUACCACAACAUCACCAUAGUACAGCUCCGACUCCCAGCCUUGUUUCUCUCCUAAUUUCUCUUUUACUUUUUAGUUGUUAGCUAUCGAGGUAAUCUCUUUUUUUGCUCGUGGGUUUUUCGAUUGGAGACUUUAUGUUAGUGAAUUCUACGAGCACUUGAUGAUCAUAGGUGUUUUUGAGUUGAGUUAGGCUUCAUGGGUGAUGGUCCUCGAGGAAUACAAGUGUUUCCGGAUCAUUUUGCGGCUUCAACUUCUGCCUCAGGCUCCCAACCCAGCCAAACAUCAUCUGAUACAGAUUUCAGGCCCCAUGGCCACAGAUUGGCUCGAAGAAAAUUAAAAAAUGCUGUUUCGAUACUGCACUUGCUUACUCUGAGGGGUCUGUACCGGGAAUCAGGCGAAAAUGGACAGGAAAAGGUUGUAUUAAGUGCUGCAGAAGUGAAAUCUCUUCGUUCUGAACUAGCCGCUUUGGAUGAAAGAGAAUCUCAUUGUAAAGCUCAGUUGGAGCAUGUCAAUGAAAUAUUGCAGUCAGCUCGUCUAUCAGGAUAUCUGUUAUUACGAACGAGAUGGGCAGCAUUACCGGGAGAACCUCCUCCUGUCGAUGAUGCUGAAGUUGAUGAUUGGCUUCCACGCUUUGUUGUCCUUCAUGGAUCUUGUAUCUAUUUGUAUAUGAUGGCCACAGAUUUAAGUCCACAGGAUUCCACCCGUUUAUCUGACAUUGUUGAGGUCGGUCAUCUCCCUUGCAUAACACGUGAAUACGAGGAAACUCAACAUUGCUUCUACAUAUUAACUCGUCAGGGGCUGCGGUAUGAGUGCGCUAGCCAUUCUAAGAUACAGGUUAAUUCCUGGUUGACAGCACUACGGACUGAUUGCCAGUUGGUAUCUGAUUCCAAAAAUCUUAACCAUCUGAGAAAUGGGUAAACCAGUUCCCAUUAUCAUUGUAACAGCCUUUGUAUAUGUUCAAAUCCAUGGAUAUCUUGACACCAAUCAAGAGUGUUAUGUACACAGCCCAUUUCUAGCUGGGAAGGGACAGUAGACUGUAGUCACCUUCUUUACCAUCUGUACAUAAAUCAAAUUGUUUGAGGUUUGUUCUUGUUUCUCAUCACCACUGAACCUUUCUAGUGCUA